GGCAGAAGUGGCUCUUUUUGGUGCCAAAUGUCUGCUUAUUUUGGCUUAUUUGAUUGAUGAGAACAACAAUCACUUGAUCAUGGCUGAUGAAGGUAAAAAUUCAUAGGAAUUUUUUUAGCACAAGUGCCUUGUAGGAUUUGAGACUUAAUUGACUUAAUUUGUCUCUUUGAAAACCAAAUUUGUUGAACUCUCAGGUAGUUUGGUAUUGAUUUGAAUGCUUUAUUUAAAGUGGUUUCUUUUUUGUUGUAAAGAUGACUAAAGGUGUGUUCUGAAGUAUUGUGCUGCAGUUUUAUUUUGUAUGACUUGUUUCACAACUGUUUCAGCAAAAUGAGUUUGAUUUCUAUAAUAAUUUAAAAUAUGAUGGAUACAACUCAAGAUCUCAUCAUGUGAUUAUUCAUACAAACUUAAUGGUGUUGAAAAGAUGUUUUGUAAAAGAUCUGGUGAUGUAUUAUUUUGAAUUUUCAUCUUUUUAAUCUUUCGAAUUUCACCUUUCAGGUCCAAUCAAACUUCUCACAAACUUACUAAAAAAGUCCUUGUCAGAUUCAAACCAUAGAUGUGUAGGCUUUUCUUCAUCAGAACUUGCUGAAGGAUUGACACAAAUUGCAGUCAAUGAUAACAACAAGAAAAUGAUUGCUAAAUGUGGAGCCAUUCAAAUUCUUCUAAGGAUGCUCCAAACUGCUAAAGAUAACGAGGAGAAACUCAAUGCAUGCAAUGCAUUGUGGACCUUGGCAUUUGACGAGGAAAAUAAGAUAGAAAUUAAAGCCAAUGAACAGGCCAUAAGUGAACUGGAGAAACUUCUUACUGAAGAGAACGUUGGAAUACAGCGUGCUGCGGCGGGUGCAUUAUGGGAAUGCACUGGUAGAGAAAGAUAUGCGGAAGAAAAAAGGCAGAAAGUUGGAUUAGAACAAAUGAUAGACGCCAAACACGUGAUGAUCAGUUACCAAUGGGAUGUGCAAAAACUCGUGAUUCAGAUAAAAAACAAGCUUGAAGCAGAUGGCUUCAAGGUUUGGAUGGACAUCGAUGAGAUGGGCGGCUCUACUCUGGAAAGUAUGGCCAGGGCUGUGGAGAAUGCGAGUGUUGUGUUAGUCUGUGUGUCUCAGAAAUACAAGGAGAGUCCAAACUGUAGAUCAGAGGCAGAGUACACAUAUCAGCUACACAAAGACAUCAUUCCGUUGAUGAUGGAUGGUAAAUACAGACCUGAUGGUUGGCUCGGCUUCAUUGUUGGAUCCAAAUUCUGGAUUGACUUCAGUGAAAAACAUAAAAUGGACUCUAAUGUGAACAAACUUGUGAAAGAACUGGGAGCCAGGGGAAAAAUUGAACUGGUGGAAUCCGUUGUUCAAGCCGCGGCUAAAGAUGUUGUUGACGCCUCGCCCCAGUCCUCCAUCAGAUCGUGGACACAUAGUGAUGUGAAAGCCUGGCUCCAGUCUGUAGGACUAGAAAAUAGGUUAGAUCCAAAGGCUUUGCAAAGAAUAGAUGGUCGGAGGUUACUGCGACUGCAAGAUCUCAGAAAAGAGAGUCCGGAAUUCUUUUACUCUUCCAUCAAGACAGAUUUGAAACUUGGUAACAUUUUUGAUGUACUAGACUUUGUUGAUGAGUUAGAAAAACUGAUGGAAUAGACUCCGCCAGAUUCCGGCCGUGUUUAAAGGAAAAGCACGCAUUCUGUUAUGCCCAAUCAUUUGCUACCAACGCAUGAUGUACAGGCUUCUGAAGUCUCCAAUCCCAGCCCGGGUUACGUAGAGAAGCACAGCUCCAACCCAUGGAGAGGCUGUAGGUUUAAUAAGACGAAAAACAAGGGGAACAGACAAUAGCGUGCGACCACAGACGCCCCAAGCGUACUGUGUGCGAUUAUAAAGCAAGGGAUAUGAUCGGUUUGGUGUCGUUACCUUUAUUCCGUAGCUACCUUAUCGCUUAAGGUCUAUACUUGUGACUUUUGUACAGUGUGUUGUGCUACUGUUGAACUGUAUGUAUAAAUAGGCAGUCAAGACUAUAUAUGGCUACUUCUGCGGCAUCCCACAUAUUUGCGAGAACCCUGUUCUGCAAGAGAAAGGUGAUUCAAGAAUAUAGUGACUGACUGACACUCAGCCAAUAAUUAAAUGGCAACAAA